AUCGACUAGCAGGGAUUUUUUGCGAUGUAUUGCCAAGAAAAAAGAAAUUCUGCUUUUAUAGCUCGCUGAAAAAAUGUUGUAAAAUCUAGUAUUUCCGUAAAAUAUCAAUCAGUUCGGAUAUAUCGUGUGUAGGGUAGAAGUAUCAUUUGUGUUUGACGCGCGGCGAAGAUGGAUUAUUCUGUACGUAAUAAAUCUUAGCGGUUGGGUUAUUGAGUUGGGUGGAUAUCGCGCGGGGUUCGUAACUUCGUACAGUACAUUAUUGUUAAAAGUUCUCAUUAAAGUGAAAUAAAAAUUACCAAUGAAAUGGAGCGGACUCGUUGACGCAAAUAAUAACUACAUAAAUCUACCACUCGUAAACGCCGAGCAGGUUCGUCGAGUCCAUGCGAAUCGUCAUUGUAUUUGCUGAAAAAAUAAUAGGUACACAGCUUAUGAUCAAGACUGCCAAACAAAGACUGAACCACUGAUGCAAGGGGUAAUAUACCUUGACGUUAAGUACGGACAGCAUCAAUGGGAAACUGUCUCUCGUGUUUCAAGGUGCCAUCCCCACCGUCUGCACACAUUCAACAAAUUUCUUCGGAGCACAAAGACGAAACUAUGGAACUUGGGGAUCUUUUUCCACCAACAGGUUGCCUUCAAACAAGCCCUUUGACAGCCAUAGAGACUCACACAAACGGCAACAGCAAAUCUGGUUUGGGCGCCUUGUCAACAUUUAACAAAGUUGGUUCAGAUAACUGUGGAUCGCUUCCCAUGACUCAUAAUAAUCUGCGAACAUCCAGAGGAACUUAUGCGAGAAUUCCACCUCUGGACAGACCUAAAACAAGUUUAGGACUCAAUUUAACUGUAGACUGUAAACAGCAGAAAGACUCUUCCGAAAGCAAGUUGAAUGCUCUCUUUGAUAUGUACAAGGAUCCACAUGAAGAUAUUAUUUUGGCCGACGGCAUAGAAAGGCUUUGUGAAGACUUACAACUCUCUCCCGACGAAUUCAAAGUACUAGUCUUGGCAUGGAAAUUAAAUGCUGAACAAAUGUGUCAAUUUGCUCGUCAGGAAUUUAUCACUGGCCUUAAGGGAAUGCACGUUGAUAGUAUACGUGGUAUUCAGGCUCGUUUGCCCGAAAUCGUUCAAGAAUUGACGGAGGAUGGAGAAUUAUUCAAAGAUUUGUAUCGAUUCACGUUCAGAUUUGGCUUGGAUGUUGGAUCCGGCCAGAGAAUUUUACCAGCUGACAUGGCACUCGUUUUGUGGAGGCUUGUGUUCACUAUUCGCGAACCACCACUGCUCGUUAGGUGGUUGAAGUUUCUCGAAUGUCACCAACAUGUACGAGGUAUUCCAAGAGAUACCUGGAAUAUGUUUCUUAAUUUUGCCGAAAGUAUUGGCGAUGAUCUCAGUGCUUACGACGAUACUGAAGCUUGGCCAAGUUUGAUUGAUGAUUUUGUGGAGUACGAAAAUGAUCAGAUGAACCAGAACAUUACCAAGGAUGAUAUUAUAAUGAAAGAUAAUGUUGAUAAGGAGUAGAUGUAGUGAUAUUGCGAAAUAAUAAGAAAUUGAGAAGAUGCAAUUUUAUAUAUAUAUAUAUAUAUAUAUACAUAUAUAUAUAUAUAUAUAUAUAUAUAUAAAACUUUCAAGCAGGAUAUUCCCACGACUUAAGUAAGCUGCCAUCAAAAAGGAGAGAAAACAAAACUAGUAUCGAAUUGGACUUCUGUAAAGUUAAUACUAAAUUAUUGACCAAAAUGUUUUUAUCACAAUCAAGUUUAUUUGAGCCUGUGCGGAAUUUUCAGGUAUAUAUUAGCGAUGGGAAGAAAUAUUUUCCGUAGUUUAAUGAUAUGUUCAGAAAGAUUUCAGGGAAAAUCCUGUUCAGAACUGUUCAACAGUCAUUUGAAACGAUCGUUUUAACACGCGGGACUUAGCACAUAAUAUGUUAUAUCGAAAUUAGUAUUACGGUCCCAACUUGUGAUACAUACAUUACUGAUAAUAUUUGUCUUUUAGAUAUUUAAGUGAAAUUUAGGUAACGAAACAAACGAACUAGUAACGCAACGUAUUUUAUAUACAAGGACUCGCAAGACUAGCCAAUCGAGUACAUAUUCAUUGAUGUAUGUAUUUAAUUCUAUAGAAAUAACGAUCAUAUAUAUAGUUAAUUAUAUGCGAAUAAUGCAGAGGUGACAAUUUUUUUAGUGGCUAAGUAAUGAAGACAAAGUGUUUCAUUCAGUUUAUUCUUAAACUUCAUUCAAAUUUUUUUCAACCCAGUUGAAACUUUUUCCUUAGCCAUUCCUGCGUGCUUAUUUUCUCAGAAUACCAUUUUAACUAUUUUAUCUAUACAAAUUGUAAAUAGAAAUUCGCUGUGGCAUGGCUGUUGAUUUCCUCCUUAAAUUGGCUUGUAAGUCAUACACAGGGUAACCCAGGCCUAUCGCCUUAUAGGCUACCAAUGUGGUCCUCCUGAACAUCCGCGACUGAAACGUUUUUUACUUUUGAUCGAAAAUUUGCCGUUUCCGAUUUUAUAGCCGUUUGAAAUUGGCCAAUCUGGUAGCAUCUGAAGAUUCAGAACAGCAGAUGAUCUGCUAGUCGCGUUCUCUUUCAGUUCUAAGCCAUCAGAUGCUACUGGAAUAGCCAAUUUCACACGGCUGUAAUUUGCAAACGACAAAUUUCCUAUAAGAAAUGAAAAACGAAAAAUCACAGAUUUUCCCAAAGAAUACAUUGGUAGUCUGUGGGGCGAUAGUACUGAGUCAUCCUGUAUAAUAGCUUGGUAAAAUAUAAAUCAGUUGCCUGAAUAAUCCGGUCAGUUAUGGUGUAGGAUUAAUUUCAGCGGUUUUCUUUGUCACAACUUGAUGAGUAUGUAACAUUCAAAUGCAUUUUGACAAUCUACUAAAAACAAAAUUGCAUUAGGCUUUGGAACAGAUAUCGUAAAACCUUUGCACAAAUCCAAUUACCAGUUAUGUCGAUAUACUUCAUUUUCAUCACCUUGUGUGAAGUACUCGUGAAUUACAGUUCUGUGGACUGUAGGUUAUAUUAUUUACCAGAACCUCAAUUAGAACGAUCAAUAUUCCAGUUAUAUUGUAUACAGUGUUAAAAAGUUCAUCAUCGUCAUUUACCAGAAAUCAGUGACAGUUCACUUAACAUAAUUUCUAUAUAAUUUCUCUUGACAACAAAGAAUUACUUUGGCGAAAAAGAUAUUCAUAACCAUCAACAAAAUGUCAUGAACAUAUACAAUACUAUAUCAUGGUUUUUAUGGAAAGGAAUAGUUUCGACAAAUGAUAGUUAUUUUUCGAAAAUGUUUCCUUUGCCCCGGAAGGACUGUAUUUUUAUAAAACACUUUGAAAUCAACUUUUCAAAAUUACAAAAAUUCUAAUCGAAAAAUCAAUUUGUUGUACUAACAUUUGUGGCCUUCUAAAUGAGCAUAUACUGAAAAUUGCAAUGAAUAUAUAUCUCGGCAUAGUGAAUAUUUGGUUUAUUUUUAGCGUGGCUCUGUUUAUUCAGAAUUGGAUAACUGAACUGGUCAAAAAAUCACAGCAGUAAUCUAAUGUACUCAGUUUACGGAAAGUGCCAACCAGAUAAAAGAUUGAAAUAAAAUUAAUUAAUGUAGAAAAAUUAUAAUAAGUAACGAGACGUGUGCUUACAAUUAAUGUAUAUGUAUAUCUAUUUAUAAACUUUUGUAUAUAAACUGCUACUAUCAGUUACUAAUUCAUCAUAAUCUCUCAUUCAGACAGAUUAGUCACUAACUAUAACGAUUCAUAUAGAUUUCAUUUCAAGCGUUCUAACCGAAAUCAUUUUAAGCCUGCAUUCCAAUAAAAUGUUUCACUGCUAUGAUAACGACAUGUUCGUCGAAACGUUAGCAGGUACGUUAACUUGUACUUUAAAUCAUUGUAUUCACAUAAAAUCUAGCUACGCAUUUAGUCAGUUUCAAUAACUGUAACAUAACGGAUUCAAUCUACUUCUAGUGUGACAUUUCUUAUCGUGAAAAUCAUUAGAAAUUUUGCAAGUGAUAAUAGUUUACGUAAUGUAAUAUGCAUUAUCCAAAAAUAAUCACUGGAUUUUGGUUACUUGGUAGUUAAAGUGUUUUACGAGAAUAUCAGCCUGAAAAGUAGAUGGCUUAUUUGCCAUUUAAAUUCGUAUAGGAUCUCAGAGGUACAAACCUUUCAAAUGAGUUGCACACAAGUCAUUUUUUUUCAAUUCAAAAGCCAAUCUCUAUCACUGUGAAUCAUUAAAUAAGUAUGCAAGUGUACUUUAUUAUGUGUUAUUAUCAAUAGCUGAAUCGAAUUCUUUUAUUCAUAUUUUGAUUGACUAAGUUUGAUUGUCAAACGUAAAACUGAAGAAGUCAUAUAUCAUUUACAUUAAAUGAUAUUAUUAUUUCUAACUCACAUUUGAUAGAGGUGUUCGUGAUAAAAGAAAUAGUACGCACAGUAUAAUUAUUCGUUAGAUCACUGUAAAAGGGUUUAAUUUCCAUUUUGAAGCACAUACUUAUUUUGUUUCGUGCACUUUAAAGAGUUCUGUAUUGAGUAGAUUUUGUUGCAGCUGAAAAUUAGAAAAUCAUAGACCGAAUUUCUGAGGGAAUUUUAGUAGCUGUAUUUAUUACGAAUGGAAUGCUUGCUAAAUUAUCUUAUUUGGAAAUGUAUAUGUACUAUAAAAACACGAAAAUACUGUGAAAACAAGAAAUGUUGAACACGUGAGGUUUGGUGAUAAAAUGAGAUAGUUGCAACUGUGUAAAAAGACUAGAAGAAUUUCGUCCAAUUUAUGUCAACUAUCGAUUAGUCACCAGUGACAGAGAUCGUCUUUCAAUAUACGGUCAAACUACUUUUUACAAUCUAUCAACGCUUCGUGUACUCAAUUUUUUAAUAAAACCAGUAAUGUUCAAGUA